UUUGUGUCCUUCGCACUUGACGACGCUGAAGUUCGCUUCCGGUCCGGCUGUUAAGUGGUAAAUUAAGGGAAAUGUAACUUUCCAAACAGAGCAACCGUUUCUCCGAUUUUGCACCUCUUACAGAGAGGGUGUUACACAUUGUAGGCAAAGCCUGGACGCUGCUAAGUUUGAAAUCUGCUUUCAAAUUUGUAACAAAUUUAUUGUAAUUAUUAAAGCGAGAAAGGGAGAUUUCACUGCUUAUUUCACACUUGGACCAUAUCAGACCAGGCCCAGAUCAUAAACCGCUAUACUUAGAUUUGUGAAAUUUUGACUAGAUUGUCCCAAGCAGAUUUUUGAAAACUUUAUUCUAUUUUUGAGAAUACAAAAAGGGUGAUUUCACUGCUUUACUCACAUCUAGACAACAUCAGACCAGAUACAGCUCAAAACCCACUUUACUUAAACUUGUGAAAACUGGACUGGACAAAAAACGGAGAAUCGGUCCCUCAGUAUCGGAAGUUAAGUUUCCCUUGACUGACGAAUCAGAAGCGAACUUCAGCGACGUCAGUACGUGCUGGCGCGCCUUCUUCCCGGCGCAGAUCUCACAACGUACUGAUGGGCCGCUCGCCGCGCAGUGAAAUGCCGCCAACUCGGCAGAUCAUCUGGAACGCAGCGGUGCGUGUGACUGUUGUGAAACAGCCUGGCAUCCCUCACUGACUGCAGACAUGGCUGACAAGACGCCGAAGGAGUCCGAUGCCCCCUUUGCAACCAGGAUAGACCCGGCUAAAGAGGGUCUUUCUCCAGAACAGAUGCACUUCAUCAGACAGGUAGAGCGUGAACAGUGGAAGAAAAAAACACCGAAGCUGCGGGGACGAAAUGCUGUCACAGGGCUCGCCAUCGGAGCUCUCGUUUUGGGAAUCUACGGCUACACCUUUUACUCAGUCUCCCAGGAGAAGAUCAUGGAUGAAAUGGAUGAGGAGGCCAGGCGUGCAAGAAUGCAGGGACCAAAGACUGGUGCCAACUGAGAUGCAUGCAGUGCCUGCCUGCUGCUGGACUGUGUGUCUGUCCUGCACUUAACCGAGAAGGGACUUAUGUGGACACUGAUGCCGCUGUUUUUUUUUUUUUUUUUUUUUUCAUGUUGAAACAGCGCUGGACUUUGUUUUGUCUUGAUCGUGAAGGUUGAUUGUUUGGUUCUGCUGCUGACUUAAAUCUAGAUGUGUCUUGAUGUUGAUUAAGCUUGCCUGUCAGUGGAAAGGACUAAUCCACUGACUCAACAUGACUUUACAUUCUAGCCAACAGGCCCAGACUAAAGAGUAAUUGAAACCCUUAACUGACAGGUUUCCAGGCCAGAUCGUGUGAUGUGGACACUGUAAGAGGGGAAUAUACUAAAUUUCAGUCAGCAAAUGAUGUUAAAUGUACAGUGGCCUUCGAUGCUGGUGACACUGCUGAAAUGACACACGGAUCAACCUGUUGAAACAUAUUAUUUAUGUCGAGAAAAGUGAUGAUUUGUUAAAUAAAAAUCUAAUGUAUUUGA